AUGCCCAGCCCGCUGCUGCUCGCCGCUCUCUGCCUGCUGGCCACCACCCGGGGCUGCCAGCUGCCGUCGGAGUGGAGACCCCUAAGCGAAGGCUGCCGCGCUGAGCUGGCGGAGAUCAUCGUGUAUGCCAAGGUCCUGGCGCUGCACCCCGAGGACCAGGGCAUCUACAACUCCCUGCCCUGGCAGCUGGAGGCCAGCCAGGACGGGCUCCUGUACUUGGCCGAGGUGGAGAUGCUGUGUGACCAGGCGUGGGGCAGCAUGCUUGCGGUGCCCGCGGGCUCUCGCCUCAACCUCACCGGCCUGGGCUAUUUCUCGUGCCACUCGCACACUGUGGUGCCCGACGCCGCCUACUUCUUCUUCCUCAGGAUGGAUGAAAAUUAUAACUUUUUGCCUCACGGUGUCAAUUUCCAAGAUGCCAUUUUUCCGGACACGCAAGAGAACAGAAGGAUGUUUUCCAGCCUUUUCCAAUUCUCCAACUGUUCUGAAGGGCAGCAACUGGUGACCUUCUCCAGUGACUGGGAGAGCCAGGAGGACAGUAGGCUCCUGUGCUCAUCGGUGCAGAAGGCGCUGCUGGAGGAGGAGGAACAUGUGAAGACACUGCAGCAGAAGGUGGCGGUGCUAGAGAAGCGCAACCGGCAGCUGCGCGCGCGAGUGCACAAAGCGAGGCGCGCCCUGCGCCAGGCCCGCAAACACGGCCGCCACUUGGAGCUGCUGAGCCAGAAGCUCCACGUCCACGCGCGGGGCCCUGAGCCCGCAGGCGCCCCUUACCGCCGGGGCUAG